AUGUCCAUGUACUCAAAAUUCUACCAGAUUCCCUACCCGUCUCACAAGUCGCCCAUGGACGGCGACACGGCCCACCGCGACCUCGACUGGGCCUGCGCCGCGCAGACGGACCGCAUCUUCUCCUUUGACGUGGACGAGCGCGGCGUGACGCGCGACCAGAAGCUGCACCUGCUGCAGGCCGAGUUCUGGCCCGCGCUCGCGCGCUGGGUCGAGGCCCGCCAGGAGGUGCUGCCCGGCGGCACGCUCGUCGGCGGCUGGUGGCGCGCCGACAUGAUGGGCAUGCUCGACUGGUACCGCGACUGCCUGCGCAUGACGCCGCGCUGGGACGACGCCGUCGUCGCCCACGCCGACGGCGUCUGGCGCGACGCCCUCCUCACCAGCCCCUGGUUCCACUGGGCCGAGUUCUUCCCCCUGCUCAAGGAGCCCGUGCUCGACGAGCGCGGCAGGCCCGUCACCGACGCUCGCGGACGCGUGCUCUACCAGGACAGGGACCCGCGCCAGGACGGCAUGGAGGAUGCGUUUAUGGAUCUCUGGGAGGCCGUCGCCAACGCGAGGCCGCUCAAGAAGACGGCAAACGGCCAGUUUAUCCUGCCGCACAUGCUGCCGCCGUGCUAUGAGAUGAAGCAGGCGCAGCGUCGCAUCAAGGCCGCCGCGACAGAAAUUGGCCCUUGCAUUUCGUUUUGA